AAUUUUGACUUGAGCCACAGACCAAACAGCGGAGUACACGCCUUUUUACUAGUAAAACGUAAAAUCAAAUAAUAUUCUGUUAUUUCUUCACAUUUAUUUUUUUUACCAACAUGCACCCAGUUUCGGUGUUUAUCCCGUCAUUUCGAUCAGAAAACAACACUAUCGAAAGAGGAUACACGGUCUUUAAAAUAGAAGUGAUAAUAAAUGGAAGACAGCACACCAUUGAGAAACGCUACAGUGAAUUCCACACGUUGCAUAAGUUGUUGAAGAAAAGCAUAAAACCACCAGAUAUCCCUUCUAAACAUGUCAGAAACUGGGUUCCCAAAGUCCUGGAGCAGAGGAGGCAAGGUUUGGAGCACUACUUACAGACCAUAAUUAUAAAAAAUGAGAUUCUUCCAAAGAUAUUCUUGGAUUUCCUGAACAUACGCCAUUUUCCCUCUGUGCCAAAAACGGAAAGCUAUGGGUCGUUUGAUACAGAAUCUGAGGGAUCGAGUAAACUCUCACACCAGCCAGUCAUGUUGUUUGUGAGAGACCCCUACCUUCUUCCUCCUACCCAUGAUAUAUAUUCCAACGUUGUGAUUGAAGGUGUGAUACAUGGGAUUUUCUACCCAGAUCUUCUGCCAAGGUAGAAUAAUCACAGGCACUGAAAUAUGACACUGUUACAGGAUGUAUGCUCAAAAAUAACCAGAAAGAUACUGACAUGUCAUGUGGAUGUAAGUUUUUUCUUGACUUGAAUUAUAUGAUUAAUUAUUUAACCUCAAGGGUCAUAUAUGGAUAUGACUAUGC